AUGUUGACAGCUGUGAUGAUGAUGAUGAUGAUGAUGAGUGGAGUAAAUAACAGGCUGUUCAGGGAAGCAAACACAUUCUCGACGGGAAGAAGAGAGGGAGAGAAGAGAGGGAGGAGGGGAAAGCGGAGUCCACCUCCUGAGCAGACUGGCCUCCCUCCUCACUGCUGCCAGGACUCUGCACCGGACAACACCAGCUUCUGUCUCAGCCUCAGUGAAGACUUUCCAGCGGGAGCCAUGGAGUGUCUGAAGAACUGCUGCAAGAACCUGAUGAGGAGGCGGCAGAAGGAGUGUGAGACUCAAGUGAUCAAUCUGAAGGUGCCUCCCAUCACGGCGGCGGUGACCAGCGGCGAGAGGAGGAGGCCGUCCGAUGACUACCUGCUGUCCAAGCUGCCCCCGGACGGCCGGGACGUUCCCUUCGUGCUCCCAACAUUCCGAGCUUCCUACAUCCAGCCCAGCGGCGCGCGCUUCCCCAGCCUGCAGUCCGGACCACAGAGCUCCGCCAGGAGCACGUAUGCUGAGAGGAAAGCGGAGCUGGCAGGGGCAGAUCGCUUCACCUUUAACCCUGAGUCCUGCCUGCAUCCUGGUCAGCUGACCGACUACGUCUCCCCCGGGUCCGCUCGCCGCAACACUCUCAAGAUACAGCACCUGCGAGGGCCAGGCUUGACUCUGACUGACGGCCAUCAGCGACUCUGCAGCUCCAUGUUUGACCUCAGCAGCCCACAGAGCGACAUGAAGCGCUUCAGUUCAACGUCCAGCGUCUUCAGCGGCGUGUCCUCCACCCAGGGCUCGGUGGAAAGCAGCCUGGACUCCAUCACUCUGUCCGGGGACGAGCAGGAUUUGGGGAAAGUGUGUGUUCGACUGAGCUACCAGGAGGCCGUGGAGCAGGUUUGGAUCACGCUGGUGCAGUGUUCAGAGCUGAGCGUCCCAGCAGACGGCCCGGACCUGCAGAGGAUCGGACUCAAAGGCAUCAUCACAGUUCCCAAGCCCAUCCAGUUCAAGAGCUCAGUCAAGGACUGUGGCCAGGAGGUGUCUUUCAUGGAGACGUUCGUGUUCCCAGUGCCUCUGCAACUGCUGCUGGGCCGGGUCUUACUGCUGCGUCUGCAAACCCACCUGCCCAAGACCCGCACGGUGGCUGAGGGGGCCCUCUCGCUGCGAGACCUCGGUCCUGAAGAGAGGGAGCACUGGCUGGUCCUCAGUCCUCCAUCCAAGUCCUCGGUGAGUCACUCUGAGCUUCACCUCACCACCUGCUUCCAGCCGGUCAACGGCCGCAUCCAACUUCAAGUCCUCGCAGCCCAAAACCUCCCGCCGUCUGCAUCGCCACUCUCUCAAGGGUUCUUCGUCAAGGCAGAGAUGCACCAGCUGGGACCAGUGACUAAGAAGAAGACGCGUGUCCUGAAGGCCUCGGCGGGUCAGUGUACGUGGACGGAGACCUUCCACUUCCAGCUGGUGUCCUUCGAUCAGGCGUGUUCUCUGUCUGUCAAGCUCUACAGUCGCAGCUCCCUGAGGAGGAAACAGUGUCUGGGGCAGAUCCAGCUGGGAUUCGACAGUUCGGCUCCAGAAGCGGUGGCGCAGUGGACGGACAUGAUGGCUCACCCUGAGAAGGUGGUGGCGGUUUGGCAUCGACUGAGCCACUGAGUCGUCCACUGGAACUUUGAGUCACUUGUAGUG